AUGCACGCUGAAAUUGUAAUUGAAUAUGAAUACGCACAAAGCCUGCGCGGGAGAGCGAUAGAAGUCCUAUUCGUCAGCCUGUCAAAUCAAGAACGACAAACGCUCUCGAACGGUAUGGAAUGGAUCAACCAUGCACCCGUUAUCUACAAACCCGCGUGGAAUUCUUUCUACAUGCGGGUUUGCAACGAAGAUCAUGUCGCUGCGGUAGGACUCUUCUCUGGGUUAUCCGCUAACCGAAAUGGUGGCGAUAUGACCCCUAGUCCGUUCAUUAAGAUUUAG